CCCUUCCCCCUCUGAGCCAAUCCGACGGGGUAGCGAGUGGCAUGGCUGCCGCCAGCGCUGCGUGCUCGGGCUCUACUGAUAGUGCUUCAAGCUAGUUUGGCGGUCUCCUGGUAUCCGCGCCGGCCGCCAGGUUUUUCAGGUCUGCAGUCCUAGGGUCUGUCGGGCCGCAGGGCCUGGGCUCUGAGGAGAAUGGAUCCUUCUUUGGAUACAUGGGACUUCUCAUCACCUUUAAUGUCAUUAUGGAUGAACAGGUUUUACGUCUAUUUGGGCUUUGCCUUUGGCAUUAGCCUUUGGAUUUGUUUCCAGAUUGUCAUCAGGAAGCAGUUGUUUAUCUUCAAGGACAAGAACUCACAGAAAUCUGUUCCAAAAGCAACUGGGGAUUUGAUGACAAAUGGUUAUAUCCCUCUUCAAAAGAAGGAAGUCUUUGUGUCUGGAGUGAAAAUUUUCUAUGGUUCCCAGACUGGAACAGCAAAGGGAUUUGCAACAAGUCUUGCUGAAGCAGUUACCUCCCUAGAUCUCCCUGUGGCUGUUAUUAAUCUGAAAGAAUAUGAUCCAGAUGAUCAUCUAGUAGAGGAGGUUACCAGUAAGAACGUUUGUGCCUUCGUGGUUGCUACAUACACUGAAGGUCGACCCCCUGAAAGUGCAGAGUGGUUCUGCAAAUGGCUGGAGGAAGCAUCCAGUGAUUUUCGAUUUGGCAAAACUUACCUGAAGGGUAUGAGGUACGCUGUAUUUGGCCUGGGAAAUUCUGCCUAUGCGAGCCACUUCAACAAGGUUGGCAAGAAUGUCGAUAAGUGGCUCUGGAUGCUUGGUGCUCAUCGUGUGGCGACUAGAGGGGAGGGGGACUGUGACGUGGCUAAGAGCAAACAUGGCAGCAUCGAAGCAGACUUCAGAGCCUGGAAGACCAAGUUCCUUGCCCGGCUGCAGACACUUCAGAAAGGAGAGAAAAAGCCCUGUGAUGGCAACUGCAAGAGAGGCCAGUGCGAGUCGUCUGCGGAGGAAGAGUCCUUUGAGAGCACCAGUGAGGAAGAGUCUGGUACUGAAGACCAUCAGAAUCUAAAUUCUGUUGUUGAUGUUGAGGACCUUGGCAAAAUUAUGAAUUAUGUGAAGAAAGAAAAGAGAGAAAAGGAGCAACAGGAGGAGAAAAGUAGUCUGGUCAGGAACACCGUGAAGAAUGAAGCCAGUGAAAGAAGAGCUAUGAUAACCCCUGCUCUCCGAGAAGCCCUCACCAAACAAGGGUAUCAGUUGAUUGGGAGCCACUCUGGAGUGAAGCUUUGCAGAUGGACAAAGUCGAUGCUCCGAGGGAGAGGAGGUUGCUAUAAACAUACAUUCUAUGGCAUUGAAAGCCAUCGUUGCAUGGAAACUACCCCAAGCUUGGCUUGUGCAAAUAAAUGUGUCUUCUGUUGGCGGCACCACACAAAUCCAGUGGGCACCGAAUGGAGGUGGAAGAUGGACCAGCCUGAAAUGAUCUUAAAGGAAGCCAUUGAAAACCAUCAGAACAUGAUUAAGCAGUUUAAAGGAGUACCAGGUGUCAAAGAAGAACGUUUUGAAGAGGGGAUGAUGGUAAAGCACUGUGCAUUGUCCCUUGUGGGAGAACCCAUCAUGUACCCAGAAAUCAAUAGGUUUUUGAAACUACUCCACGAGUGUAAAAUCUCCAGUUUCCUGGUCACAAAUGCACAAUUCCCUGUGGAAAUCAGGAACCUCAAACCAGUUACACAGCUGUAUGUCAGUGUGGAUGCUAGCACCAAAGAUAGCCUGAAGAAAAUCGACCGCCCACUCUUCAAGGAUUUCUGGCAGAGAUUCCUCGACAGCUUAAAAGCCUUGGCAGCAAAGCAACAGCGUACUGUGUACAGACUGACUCUAGUGAAAGCAUGGAAUGUGGAUGAACUCCAGGCCUAUGCUGAGCUGGUGUCCCUGGGGAAUCCCGACUUCAUCGAAGUGAAGGGUGUCACCUACUGUGGGGAGAGUUCAGCAAGCAGUCUCACCAUGGCCAAUGUGCCUUGGCACGAGGAGGUGAUACACUUUGUCCGUGACUUGGUGGAUCUGAUCCCCGACUAUGAAAUUGCUUGUGAACAUGAACAUUCCAACUGCCUCCUGAUAGCUCACAAAAGGUUUAAGAUUGAUAGCGAGUGGUGGACAUGGAUCGAUUAUAACCGCUUCCAGGAGCUCAUGCAGGAAUAUGAAGACAGUGGCGGAUCAGCAACUUUCAGCUCAAAGGAUUAUGUGGCGAAAACUCCUCACUGGGCAUUAUUUGGUGCCUGUGAAAGAGGCUUUGAUCCCAAGGACACAAGAUAUCAGAGAAAGAACAAAUCAAAGGAUAUUUCUGGAUGUUGAGAUUCAUCUGACCAUAGGGUACUGAAGGACAAGAACUGAUGGCCCUGAAGGUUCUCACCCCCUGCUGUGAUUUUUCCAAGGACACAUUACACGAGUUCUAUUUCAUGUAGAGGGGACGCAAGUCACGUCCCGGGGUUGCUUUCCAGAGCUUAGGCCCUCUCCUGAUUUGACUUCUUAGAGGACCACCGUUCCAGGGGAAGGACAUGGUCCUUAGAAUGGAACCGAGGGCUUUGAAUUAUAACUUGUGAAACUCACUAGAAUGUUGUUCCUGGGGUGUUGUGAGGAAUGAACUGGGUUCUUGGCCUUUGUGGAUUGUUCCUCCCCAAGAUAAGUGUAUCUACUCCCUCCAGGACCUCCAUCCCUUCUUUAUAUCUUAAGAUAACACCUCCCGGGACUCAUUCAAGUUGUCGUAAUUCUUGAUUAUUUUUAAAUACUGCAUAGAUUACAUUAAAUUUUUGCUUCGUACCA